AUUUCGCCACCGAGUCUUCCCACCGACCCAAGUCGGCCGGGCUAAUGCAGAUUAGCACGAGAGGCUAGCGAAAGCUAACAGGGGAGUUUGUCAACUUUCCGGUACUUGUACCGAGUAAACAAAUGUCGUUAGCCUAGCUGCUAGUUAGCUGUCGCUAAAAACAAAAGAGACCCCCGUAGCGUCCCGGUGGGGCAAUAAACCACUCGGGCUUGUUUGCUAGAUUAGCUCGAUGUGCUACGCGUUUUGUGUGCUCCUCGGCAGAGGCACUUGUCAGUCUCAAAGAAGGAAGUUUGUCCAACACUCUGAAUGAAAAGAACACCUUCCCAAGAGCUCACAACACACGGGGACGUCAGUCCACCCUCACCAUGGAAACGCCCACCCGCGGCUCAAAGAGGAGUCGCUACGAGGACGAUCGUGCAGCGCAGCGUGUCCCGUCCAGAUCACCGCGAAGGAGCCAGAGGGUCAACACCACGCCGCAGAAGUUUUCCAGUGUAGUGACGCCCGACAAGAAGUCGUCGCAGAGAAUAGGGUUGCGAUUACGAAACCUCCUCAAGCUGCCCAAAGCUCACAAGUGGUGCAUCUACGAAUGGUUCUAUUCCAAUAUCGACAGGCCUCUUUUUGAGGGCGACAAUGAGUUCUGUCUGUGUCUCAAGGAGUCUUUCCCCACCUUGAAAACAAGGAAGUUGACGCGGGUGGAAUGGGGGACCAUCCGAAGGUUGAUGGGAAAACCCAGACGGUGCUCAUCGGCCUUCUUUGCUGAGGAGCGGACGGCGCUGCGGCAGAAGAGACAGAAGAUGCGCCUGCUCCAGCACAGGAAACUGUCGGACGUGUCCGACUGCAAAGACCUCCCGGAUGAAAUCCCUCUUCCUCUCAUCAUAGGAACUAAAGUCACCGCUCGACUGCGAGGCGUCCACGACGGCUUGUUCACUGGGCAGAUCGACGCGGUGGACACCAGCGCGGCCACUUAUCGUGUCACCUUUGACCGCAGCGGCCUGGGAACACACAAUGUGCCCGACUACGAAGUUCUGAGCAACGAGCCCAACGAGACCAUGCCCAUUUUGGCUUUUGCCCAGAGGCAGCGGACCGCGCGCUACGCGCACAACUUUGUGACUCCGCCUCGAGGCCCCUACCCGUCGGCAAGCGCUCCCGCUCUCAUGGACCAUGACCCUCUGAUCAACCAGCCACCGUGGAGGACCAAUCUGGCCGGUGCAGACGGAGACACCCUGGGCGGGUUUCCUGUCAAGUUCCUGGUCCAAGUGACGAGGUUAUCCAAGAUCCUGAUGAUCAAGAAGGAGCACAUCAAGCACUUGAAAGAAAUGAACACUGAAGCGGAGAAGAUGAAAUCCUACGCCUUGCCCAUUGAGCUGGACUUCCAGAAGCGCUACGCGUCCAUCGUGCUUGAGCUGGAGCAUCUCAACAAAGAUCUCAACAAAGUUCUGCACGAGGUGCAGCAGUUCUGUUGCGAGCUCUCUCCGGACCAGGCGGCGCUUCCCGCCGAGCACCCGGCCGACCUGCGGCGCCACUGCGAAGACGAGGCCCGGCAGAUGGUGCGGCUGAGCCACUCCUCCAAGGACGGCCGGCAGAGCGUGAGCAACGGCGGGCUCACGCAUCUCGUUUCGCGCCUCACGGCGCUGCUGCUGCAGAUCAAGUGCCUGGCGGACGGCGGCGACCUGAAUUCCUUUGAGUUCAAAUCGCUCACAGAGUCCCUGGAUGACAUCAAAGCAUCUAUCGAUCCCUCCAACCUCAGUUGCUUCCAGAACAACGUGGAGAUCCACGUGGCGCACAUCCAGAGCGGCCUGAGUCAGCUGGGCAACUUGCACGCCUUUUCGGCAAACAACACCAACGCGGUGUGAGCUCGGGGGCGGGAAGAGGCCUCCGGGUCGACCCAAAAGUGCUUUUGCCGCAGAAAUCCUCUUCAGUGCCAAAGUUCGACCGGUGGAAUUGGUGCGUAUUUAUUUAUUUCAGCAACACUGUUUUGCCCCUUCAGGCGAAAGGAUGUUUUAUAGAAGUGUAGAUAGUUGUACAAUAUUUGUGAAAUAAUUCUUACUGUUGGCCUUUUUCUACUUUUUCUGGGCUCUCAAAAUGUAACUUUGGUAUUUUUUUGAAAAGGAAAGUUAGCUCCUGGGGGGGGGGGGGUGUUGCAUUUCUGCAUGAGUCACAUUUGCCGCGACUGAUUGCUAUUGUACGUGCAAGCGCCUUGUAUAUACUUGUUUGUCUUUUUGAUAUUAAAUAUUGUUGAGAUUGCAAAGCAAGAGGA